CGAGCGUCGAAAGCACUCGUGACACUCGUCCAAUUCUCUUUCCUCCCUUCUUCCCUAUUCCCUUCGUCUUUUAAAUUCCUCGGGACGCCUCGAGCACGCGGCAAAACGUCUGAACAUUCACUAUUCAAUUACACCAAACAACAUUUCGACUACUUUAUUUAUUUUUUUCUUUAUUGUUGAUUAUUUAUUUUUUGCGGCUUUGUAAAUGCGCUCUGAUUUAUCCCCCCCUGUGUGCAGUAAUACGCAAGCGCAAGCUCCAGCGACGCCUCUCGAGCUCUCGAAAAGGGGAAGAGAAGUGGAGACGAGAGGGAUCGAUAGUGUUAGCCGGUCGCAGGAAACGACACUCGUAAUUAUUUUCGAAUCCAACUCGGGCUUUCACGAUACGAGGGGGAUGAUAAACAGUGCAGAUAUUGUGAUCUGAUAUUUCACUGGAUACAUUCUUCAGACACAUUCAGCCUCUCCCUGAGCGAUUCAGUUGGCGAGGUUUCUUGUCGUGUUCGAGCGGAGAGUGCAUUACAGUGGUGGAAUGUGUAAUGACACACUGAAGUGGCGGGUGCACUCUUGACAUCAUGGAUAUAGUGUAGAUGAGGGACAAUUGGUUUUCGAGUUAUUUAUUUAAAGAGGAUUCUGGAGAAGCAUGGAGAGACUACCUGGUGAUAUGCUUGUCCCCGCUAAGUCUGUGGAUAUUGCCAAUUAUCAUUCGACUUUUUAUUCACCACCACCUACUGAGGCGUCGAGGUCUGGCUACGACUCGAGCAGUGGGGAUGAAUCAGAGAGCGACUACAAUGUCCAAUCUUAUCAGGCAAAUGCUCACAAUGCAAAUGCCCCUGCAUCAGCUAACAGCGGUGCAACUGCACCACAGGGCAAGCAUAUAAACAAGGGUCGAUGGACUAAAGAGGAGGACAAUUUAUUAAAGCAGCUAGUAAGCAACGCCGAAAAAUUGGGCUCUGGAUUAAGAUGGGACGCUGUCGCCGCACAUUUUCCAGACCGAAGUGACGUACAGUGUCAACAGCGAUGGGCCAAAGUCGUCAAUCCAGAACUUGUAAAGGGCCCGUGGACCAAAGAGGAGGACGAGAAAGUCGUGGAGCUCGUCGAUCGUUACGGUCCCAAGAAAUGGACCCUCAUAGCCCGACACUUGAAGGGCCGAAUCGGUAAGCAGUGUCGAGAGAGAUGGCACAAUCACCUGAACCCAGGAAUAAAGAAAACAGCGUGGACUGAUGCUGAGGACAAGAUAAUUGUCGAAGCACACAGACGCGUUGGCAAUCAGUGGGCAAAAAUAGCUAAACUCCUUCCUGGAAGGACAGACAAUGCUAUAAAGAAUCACUGGAACAGCACUAUGCGAAGAAAAUACGAGGCAGAGGAGGGAAGAACCACUGGCAGCAGAGGUCGUGGUAGGAGAAAAACAACGGAGACCGUCAAGAAAGAGCCAACAGCGGAGGAAUCCUCGUGCCAGGAACAAUCCGUGAAGGUUGAGAUCAAGGCCGAGGAUAGUCGGGCAACUGUGACCUCAGGGAGUUUAGAGAUUGAUUCACUAGACUGGACUGGCGCCUGGGGACAAACGCCCCAGCAUUCUAUGAUACAGCAACAAUCUCAAACGAAUUAUCUACAGAGUAUUAUACAGAUGGACGAGAGGCCCGACGAACCUAUCAACGAUAGAAAACCAAUUAUUUCACCGUUCUCCAAAUACUUCAAUCUGAACAUGGGCGCAGAAGCCUCGUCGAAUACCUCAGACAUUCGUCUCCUGCCAAUGCCAGACCUUGAAGACGACGAAGAUGGCGGACUAAGUCCGCCCUCUAUUCUCCGCAAACGUCGAGGCUUCCAGCACAUUCUCCCCCGUACCGAGACUCCGGACAGUGGUCACCAGGACUUCCUCAUGGGGACAUCCUCCCAGGAGGCAACGACAGCCCCCUCGACCCCUAUAAAGCAACUUCCCUUCAGCCCCUCGCAAUUCCUCAACAGUUUAGCGAGCCCAGAAUCGUCGUGGAUACGUGCCAGCACACCCAAGGGCUCCCCAGGGACCCUUACUACUCCUCAACCCUCUGGACUUCGUCGUGGACACAACGAUGGCAACACUCCGAGGACUCCCACUCCUUUCAAGGAUGCACUUGCUGAGAUUGAAAGACGCAGCGGAGCUGCAACGCAAUUGCCAGCCACCCCAAGUCGUCUGGAUGCACUCACCGAAAUUAUCAAGCAGGAAACUGAUCGUGAGAGUUUGGCCAGCAGCAGUAUGCUCCAGGACUCUGGUUACGGCACUGGACGACGACGUGGAAAGGAAAAUAGUGCACCUGGGGGGAAAAGGGCACGCAAAGCCCUUUGUCAAGCAUGGGCGACCUCAACAGACAGCUCUGACAUGAGUUUUGCUGUCGAAACUCCGAGUAAAAGUAUAGACACAUCAGUGUUAUUUUCUCCAGCAUCAAUGGCUCUGGAAGACAGUUUUUUAGCGGCUGGGCCGAGUCCACUAAAGACUCCCCACGAUUUAACGUCUGUACGGAAGCCCAAUGCCAAGAGGGCUAUCACGUUUGAUGUCUUUGACAGUCCAUGUAUCAGCCCUCUGAUUUUCAAGCCGCAGAAACGACCAAAACUGCAUCUUGAAGCUCAAUGGACCAUGGUAGCAUGUGGUCGUACCCAGGACCAACUGGAAAUGACUCGUGCUGCUCGCAAUUUUCUCAAUCUGCAUGGGUUUCCAGCUCUGCGUCCACGUUCUCUGAACUUUUAAUGAAAAAAAAAAAAAAAAAAAAAAAAAAAAACUAAAAAUAAA